GCCAGAAUUGCAAAUGAAACGUCGUCGUGAGAAUAAGUGCUGUGCAGAAAAAGAAGCGAAGAAUUAAAAAAAGUACAUAACAUAAAAGUAAAUUACAUUAUAUACAUACAAGAUGUCGAUUGUUCCACUGUUGAGCUUAGCACGCGAUCUCGAGAGCGCCUACAGCGACUGGGAUCAUAUGCUGGACGAUGACUUCGGCUUCGGAGUACACGCGCACGAACUGUUCCACCGUCCACGCCUGAUGAUGCCACACCAUGUGGCCCAUCGUCGUCGUCCCCAUUUCAUGCCCUACGAGCGCAGUCAUCAUCAUCAGCUGGUGCCAGCAUCGCGUCGUCGUCCAUCCGGCGGCCAAAACGCUCUCUUGCCCAUCAUUGGUAAGGAUGGCUUCCAGGUGUGCAUGGAUGUGGCUCAGUUCAAGCCCAGCGAACUCAGCGUCAAGGUUGUGGACAAAACGGUGAUUGUCGAGGGCAAGCAUGAGGAGCGCGAGGAUGGCCACGGCAUGAUCCAGCGUCAUUUUGUGCGCAAGUAUACGCUGCCCAAGGAGUACGAUGGCAACGAGGUCGUCUCCACUGUCUCCUCGGAUGGUGUGCUCACGUUGAAGGCGCCGCCGCCACAAGACAAGGAGCAGGCGAAGCAGGAGCGCAUUGUGCAAAUUCAGCAAACUGGUCCGGCUCACUUGAGUGUUAAGGCGCCAGAGGGCGCCACCAGUGCUGUGGCUGCUGAUGGCAAAGGAAAGGCCGAGAACGGAGCGAGCGAGAAGAUGGAGACCGGCAAGUAGGCGAGAUUGAGAGAACGAGAUGGCAAAGCGAGUUUAAGAUGGCGGGCAAUAGGAAACGAAAUGCAGGGCUGCUCGCAGGAGAGUUCAAGACUAAAAAACACAAACACACACACACACGCAUACAAUGGCAACACUUGAACAUCGCAUAAAGAGAAUAUUCAUCACAGCACAUUGGUGUAAUAGCAUUAAGCAAUUUUAAAGCCACAUUUAAGAUUCACUUUUUAACCAGUGUGCUUAGGCCUAAGAAUGUGUAUUUUGAAAAUACGAUCACAUGUGUAUUAUUUUAAAUAUGUAAAACAACACGGAAAUUUAAUUGUAUUUGUAUGUCAUUUGCAUUUAUACUGUGAGAAUCCAAUAAAGCUACAAGUAGAACUAAAUCAAA